GCGCCUCACUGUAAGGCUAGUCAAAUUAACUGCCAUCCACUCACGAGGGAAGUCGCACAUUCGUCUUGAGGUGCACAAAACCAACCAUGAAUGAAUCGGAGGUCAUCAAAUUGGACAAUGCAACCUUUGCCAUGUUUGACAACAGACUGGCCAGUGACAUUGUGUCAGGCAUCUAUGUGAUCGUGGCAUUGUUCAGUCUGACGGGGAACAGCAUCUCUCUGUUUCUACUAUUGAUGCGCACCUCUCCAAAAACCCCAACUAUCAUCUUCAUGAUCAACCUGACCCUCACUGACCUGAUGCUGGGCUUUGUUCUCCCCUUUCAGAUCGUCUACCAAAUGCAAGGCUACAACUGGACCUUAGGAACGGGCAUGUGCAAUGUCCUGACUGUGACCUUCUACACCAACAUGUACUGCUCCAUUUUAUCCAUGACCGCUAUUAGUGUCGACCGCUACCUGGGGAUUGUGAAACCCAUGCGCUUCAGGGAGAUGAGGAAGAGGAAGAGGUUUGCAGUCAUCGCCUGUAUAUUAAUGUGGCUGCUGGUGCUUGUGAUUCUGAGCCCACUGGAAAGAUCCGACUUGACGUAUUAUGUUAAAGAGCGUGGAAUAAUCACAUGCUUUGAUGUGCUCAGGUCAAAAAUGCUCCCGAGCAUUGCUCAUUGGACGGGUUUUCUAUUUGGCAUGUUCAUCCUCCUCUUCCUCGUCCCGUUCAUCAUUACGGUGUAUUGCUACGUCAACAUCAUCUGGGUUCUGGUUAGAAGAACCAACAGUGACCAGAAAGGCCGCGCUGUGCGUCUGGCGUGCAUCGUACUGUUUGUGUUCACGUUUUGUUUCGCUCCCAAUAACAUCUUACUGCUGGCUCACACAGUCGCAAGACUGUACUAUGGUAAAUCGCUCUACAUCUACUAUAAGCUCUCGCUCUCUCUGAGCUGCAUCAAUAGCUGCGCAGAUCCGUUCAUUUAUUAUUUCGCAUCUAAAGAGUUUCGUCGGAAGCUACGCCAAAUGCUGCGUUUACAGACUCUCAGCACAGCGGAAACCCAAAUGAUCGAGGGCCAUAGAGAAAGCUUUUUCUCUGGACGCACAACAUGCAAUGCACAUGAAGACUGUGACAAUAUGUAACCUUGUCUUAUUCUUAUUUAUAUUUGUUUUGGACUGGUUAUUUUGGAAGAAAGAAGGGUCGAAAAAUGUAGUUGUACUUUUUGUUUAAAAGCAAUCCACAGAAGUAGGUUUAUGCACUUGUAAUAACCCAUUUAAUUCAGUGAAUGUCCACUUCCCAUAUUUCGGAUGUUGUUGUGUUUUAGCAGUUUAUCAUUUGUUUUGUGUUGAUUUCCUGGCUGAGCAGCUGAUGAAAAGCACACUGCUCACAUGCAUUCAAGUUGCGUGACUUUUUUUUUUUCUUGGUAUCAGGCAUCAAAGUUCCUCUUAACGAAAUGUUCAUGUAUUUUAGGCUUUGCUGAGUGGUUAAACUUAUGCUAUUAGCUGUCAUACCAGCUGUUGAUACUUGAUAUUGUGUAUAUAUUCUGUUAUCAAUAAUUGAAAAUGUAUUUGUUUCAUUACUUGAGCCAAGCUGUUUUUACAUUUAUGUUACUUAAGCUGUUCAUAAUGUCCCUGCAUUAUAACGUUGUAUUGCAGUAAUGCAUACUGUUUUUUAGUUGUUUAUAUUUCU